AGCAAGAACGAAACAGAAACUUCAUYCCGGUUUCGUUUUGUGCGACAGCUUCCUGAGGAGAGUCCUGCAGGGAGACGCGUCUGCUCCGCUGCGCAGCUGAUUUAAAUAGCUCCUCUCGGGUUAAAAAAAGAAAGAAGAGAGGAAGAAAAAAAAACUGAGAGAGAAAAAAGUAGCAUCAGCAGCCAAGAAAGUGUUUAGCAGUGGGGCGCUGGAGCUCUGCUGAUCCGUGCGCUCCUCCACCAGGCUGCCUGCACGGGAGCAGCCUGAUCCCGUCACCUCCUCUUCCUCCUCCUCCUCCUUCUCCUCCUCCUCCUCUUCAUGYACAUUAUUACAACAAGGGAGACCCAAUCAAGCACGUAUCUCAUCGAUUCACACACACGCACUCUCCCUCACAAACACACACACACACGCUCGGCCACGAGCACGCGCGCUCACGCUGGCUGACUUGCCCUCAGCGGAUCCUUCAAAGCGCCUCUCGGACAAAAUAAGGCAACCGCGCGCCAGAGAGGGCAGCGUGUGGGCGACACCUCCUCUUCUUCCUCAUCCGCUGAAAAAAAGCCUUCAUGUUUUUUGGUUCUCCCUGAUCACUGACUUAUCAGGUGCGAUCGGAUUUUUUUUCUCUUUUUUCCCCCCUUUUGAAGAUGGUUUCAACUCUGAGUUGUGCGUGGUUCUCGGGGGAGAAGAGGGGGAAGCUGAUGGAUAACGGGACAGAGGAUCAGCUCGUAAACUCGCCUGUUGCAGCCUAGAGGAUCACACGAAGCGCUUCUCUCCCCUGCGGAUCUCCCCCUACACAUUUUUUCUUCAGCUUCUGUCACGUCCAUCCAAACCGGAGCAGGAGGGAGAACGCGCGCGACCGAGCAGCCCAGCAAAGCGAAAGAAAGAAAGAAAGAGAGAGAGAGAGACCCAGAGCAACCCGCGGGAGCCGCGCUGCCUCCCCACCCCCCUCUAGGGCUCUGAUCUUCGCUCCUACCGGCUCUGUUUUUCUUCUAAAAGCUGCCCCUCCGUCCUCUACUUGAACACGCUCCCCACCUCGAUCUAUGUGGGGGCCCUGAAAGCGCACCCAGGCAGGCGGGGGCGGGCCGUGGGGGAAAGUGUAUCAAAGCUCUUCGGAUCCCCCACGCAGCCUCGGAUCACCGUGGCCACAGACAGACUCCCUGCCGGGCCCCAGAAUCCGACAUGCCGCGGAGAAAACAGCAGGCGCCCCGGCGCGCCGCAGCAUAUGUCCCUGAGGAUGAGAAGGAAGCUGCCCUGUUGGAUGAGGAUAUAGAUGGAGAAGACUCAGCUCAGGAAGGGGAGGAGCCUGCUGCCAAGCUCCUAUGCCAGGACAAGGACUUCCUGCACAAGGAAAGGCCAGGAUCCACAGGCAUCCAUGAUUCUCCAAAUGCAGCUGACUUUUCUAGCCAGGAGCUAGACAGUGAGUCUCACCUGAGUGAAUCCAGUGACAGAAUGUCUGACUUUGAAAACUCCUCACUUAAAAAUGAGGAUGAUGUCCUCCUACCUAAAGACACUUCAAAUGCACUGUCCCCAUCCUCGUCUUCUGCUAUGGUGGCUGUGGCCACUGCCAAUGCAUCUGUAAGUGGAGAUGAGGCCUUAUUAGCUGCAACAAGCUCUGUGGCUGAUAGCCUUGAGAAGAUGAAGGCCAUUUACACAUCAUUUCUUAGCAAUUCUUAUUGGUCUUCACUGAAUUUGAACCUGACUCAGCCACCUGCAGAGAAACCUCCUCGCAGUCACAGCAGUAGCAGUAGUAGCAGCAGUAGUAGCAGCUGUGGGAGUGGAGGCUUUGACUGGCAUCAAACAGCAAUGGCUAAAACUCUCCAACAGGCUUCUCAAAACCACCACAACAGACUAAACCUAGUUCAGCAUCCCACAGUGGCUGCACCAACAACUACAGCAGAACCCAACCUCUUUAGUACUGUCCAGCUUUACCGGCAGAGCUCCAAGCUUUAUGGCUCAAUAUUCACUGGAGCCAGCAAGUUUCGCUGUAAGGACUGCAGUGCAGCAUAUGAUACUUUAGUAGAACUCACAGUACACAUGAAUGAGACGGGCCACUACCGUGAUGAUAACCAUGAGACAGAUAGUGAGGGUGCUAGGCGCUGGUCAAAACCCAGAAAACGUUCCUUAUUAGAGAUGGAGGGKAAGGAAGAUGCACAAAAGGUCCUCAAGUGCAUGUACUGUGGGCACUCCUUUGAAUCCCUUCAGGACCUAAGUGUCCACAUGAUCAAGACAAAACACUAUCAGAAAGUGCCUCUAAAAGAACCUGUUACACCUGUGGCAGCUAAAAUAAUUUCCUCUGCUCGCAAGAGAGCCCCAAUUGACCUAGACAUACCCAGCUCACCUGACUCAACAGGAGGCACCACACCUAAGCCCACCUCCUUCAGUGACUCUAAUGACAUCCUGCAAAAGGUUACUAACCCCUACAUUACACCUAACAACCGUUAUGGACACCAAAAUGGUGCAAGCUAUGCCUGGCAGUUUGAAUCAAGAAAGUCCCAAAUUCUCAAAUGUAUGGAGUGCGGCAGCUCCCACGACACACUACAAGAGCUUACUGCUCAUAUGAUGGUGACAGGACAUUUCAUUAAAGUUACUAACUCUGCUAUAAAGAAAGGCAAGCCAAUUAUGGAGUCYCCCACCCAAAUACCCAUAUCCAACUCAGCCACUGAAGAAAAAGUACAGUCAGUUCCACUGGCUGCCACAACUUUCUCCUCUCCMCCUGCCCCGGUGCCCCCUCCAGCCAGCAUAUCACCCUCUGCAAUGGUUGUUGAAAUAAAAAAAGAGGAGAAGGAAGAGGAAUGUACUAAAGAUUACUUUAUAAACAGCACCAACAACCUCAACAAGGAUAAACGAGUUGGAGGAGAAGAUGUGGCUGAGGAGAAGUUUGAUAUUUCUUCAAAAUACACUUAUCUGACAGAAGAAGAUCUUGAGGAAAGCCCAAAGGGAGGUCUAGAUAUCCUCAAGUCCUUGGAGAACACAGUGACAUCAGCUAUCAACAAAGCUCAGAAUGGUGCUCCAAGCUGGGGUGGAUAUCCUAGUAUCCAUGCUGCCUACCAGCUCCCAAACAUAAUGAAGCUUUCUCUUGGUACCUCCGGAAAGAGCUCUCCCCUCAAAUACAUGUUUCCUGGAGGAGAGAUUUUUUCKCCUACUGGUAAGAGUCAACCAUUGAUCUCAUCACCAAGCCGCCAGAGCUCUCCUUUACCUAAAAACAAUUUCCAUGCAAUGGAGGAACUAGUCAAAAAAGUGACAGAGAAAGUAUCYAAAGUAGAGGAGAAAUUGAGAGAGCCCAGUGUGAAGGAUUCUCCAUUGAGAUGCAUGACUCCCUCACCCUGCAACAGCGAGGCAGAGGAGUCAGCCCGAGGAGAGUCACCCAAAGAAAAUAGAGCAUCGGCCUGUAAAAGUCCUGAGAAUACAGAUGUAGCUGAUGAAGAACUAGGAGAUGGAAAUGGAACAAAUCACAUAAAUUCAAAUGGCAAUAUUUCCACUAAAGAGUCUGUAGAAAAUGGAGUGGAACCCACAGGUGUAACGUCACCCAUACAUGCUUUAUGUGGCAGCACAGCCAUUAUCACAGACCAUCCACCUCCAGAACAGCCAUUUGUCAACCCUCUCAGUGCUCUGCAGUCAGUCAUGAAUGUCCACCUAGGGAAGGCUGCCAAGCCCGCCAUGCCUUCCCUUGACCCCAUGAGCAUGCUGUUCAAGAUGAGCAACAGUCUGGCAGAAAAAGCAGCAGUGGCUUCCUCCACCCCACCAGCACACACCAAAAAGACCAACAAUGAGCACUUAGACCGCUACUUCUACCAGCAGCAUCUUAACAAUGAUCAACCUAUUGAUCUGACCAAAGGAAAAAACCUAGACAAAGGCAGUAAUGGUGGUUCCUUGGGUUCAACAGCACUCUCCUCUACUACAUCUACUCCGUCAAUCUCUCCAUCCUCUGCUGUUGCAAUGACAAAAGCCUCAGCUGCAGUAGCAUCCUUCAUGUCCACUUCUCCACUGAGAGAAAAUGCCCUCUCAGAUAUUUCUGACAUGUUGAGGAACCUGACAGAAAGUCAGGCAUUGUCCAAGUCCUCCACACCUACCAGCCAAUCUGAGCGCUCUGAUAUUGAAGGUGCCACACAAGAGGAAACAGAAGAUGUUUCACCAGCUCAGAAACGUAAAGGUCGCCAGUCCAACUGGAACCCUCAACACCUCCUUAUACUACAAGCCCAGUUUGCUUCCAGUUUAAGACAAACAAAUGAUGGCAAAUACAUGAUGUCUGACCUUAGCCCACAGGAGAGAAUGCACAUCUCCCGGUUCACAGGCCUCUCAAUGACUACAAUAUCCCACUGGCUAGCUAAUGUUAAGUACCAGUUGAGGCGAACCGGGGGGACAAAGUUCUUAAAAAACUUAGAUUCAGGUCACCCAGUGUUCUUCUGCAGUGACUGUGCUUCACAGAUCCGCUCACCAUCCACCUAUGUCAGCCACCUGGAGUCCCACUUAGGCUUCCGUCUGCGAGACUUGUCGAAGCUUUCUGGGGAGCAACUACUCAACCAGAUAUCCCACCAACAUCAUCGACGUCACUCUAAAGGACUAUCUGAAAAACUGUUCUCUAAUCUUCACCCUUCCAGCCACCCUUUACCCUCCUCUCUACAGACAUCUUUACCGUCUUCGCUCCCGAUUUCAUUGUCCUCAUCCUUAACAGCAUCUCUGCCCUCAACUGAAACCCCAUCACCCUCCCCUGAUGAUGAUGACAGUGGGGCAGUCUACCAGUGCAAGCUCUGCAAUCGGACUUUUGCGAGUAAGCAUGCAGUCAAGCUUCACUUGAGCAAGACUCACGGGAAAUCCCCUGAGGACCAUCUCAUGUAUGUAUGUGAGCUGGACAAACAGUAGCACUGGUUGGGGACAAUGCAGCACUUUUAUAAAAUGGCUCCCUCUUUCUCUCUUAAGUCUUUCAGACAUUAAAAAAAUGAAAGGCUGAUUAAAAAGCGAUGGAACUGCACAAAGAAGAGAAUAAACUACUGCUAUGAGUGUCGGCACAUGUUUUUUUUUUCUUUUUGUGUUGUAGCAGUUGUUUUUUUAUUAAUACGAUUUUAAUAAUGUGCUAUGUAAACUCACUCAAGCCACACACUUAUUUUACAGAUUUACUUUGAUGGGAAGAGACAUUUUUCAAAUGUGCAUUGAUACAGUAAAAUAUACAGUAAAUGAAGGUUUGAAAUAGAUUCUAAAAUGAUGUGUUGAGUACUAUUUGUGUAAAAGGGUUUAGUUUUUUUUAUAUUUUUGCAUCAUUGCGGUGUUAUAAGCUGCAUGCAUAAGUAAAAUUGUUUUGUUAAGCAUUUUAUAAUUAAAUCUUGUGCACUUUUUAUGUUUUUUAACACCUGAUCCAUUUUUUUCUAUGCCAUUUUUUAUGCUCAAGUCAACAUAUUAGAUUUAACCCUGUGAGUACGUCAAAGCAUUUCUAGAAUUGAAAUCCAAACUGUUGACCAUAAAUUAAAGUUCAGAAAUUA